GGUAGAUGGGGUGUAGCAAAAAUGGCUGCUAGCUCUUCAGGAACUUUGGAAGGCUUUUUUCGUGGCAGUGGUGAACCUGUUGAAGAUGAUUUCUAUGAUAUAUUAGGCUGCCAUGAGUCUUCGUCCAUAGAACAGAUAAUGAAAGAGUAUCAUAUCAAAGCUAAGAUGUACCAUCCGGAUAGAGUUUUAGAUGACAAAGAAAGAGAACAUUGUACUGAGAUUUUCAGGAAGAUAAACAGAGCUUAUGAGAUAUUGUCUGACAAAGGAAAAAGAAAGAUUUAUGAUAACUGGAGAAAAUCGGGUGUAGCUAUGACAUUUGAUAAUUGGCUCUCCUUGCAAACUCGUCUUGGACCUACUAUGCAUUUUGGAAUGACAAAGAAACAGCUGUCCUUAACAACCCCACAAGAUGAGAAACCUCUUCACUCAAAAGAAUCGAAACCAACAGACACUGGAUCGAGUCUUUUAGAACAAUUUAGAACAUACAAAAUAUAGACAAAUCCAGGCCUGCCAGCAUUUUACAAUGAUUUUGUUUUUU